CCACAGGAUGACGAUUCGGAACAAUUUCAAACCAAGAACAUAAACAUACAAACAUAUGCGAAUUUUUCAAUACUAUAUUCUAGAGUCACCGCAGAUUCUUUGAAUAAUACCCAGAUUAAAGUCAAACAAGCCAGGGGGUUGCCUGAUAGAAGCCCGUCAUGCCGUUCGCACAGCUUGUUGUAGGCACAGCUGGUGCAGGCAAAUCUACAUACUGUGAUGGCAUGCAACAGUUCAUGUCUGCCAUCGGGCGCAAAUGUUCGGUCGUCAACCUCGACCCCGCCAACGAGCACACAAACUACACAGCAGCCCUCGACGUUCGCGAAAUAGUCCGUCUCGAAGACAUAAUGCGCGACGAUGAGUUAGGCCCCAACGGCGGUAUACUUUAUGCUAUGGAGGAAUUAGAACACAACGUCGAGUGGCUGGAGGAGGGCCUCAAGAGCUUAGGGGAGGACUAUGUAAUUUUUGACUGCCCGGGGCAAGCGGAGCUCUUCACACAUCACUCAUCAUUACGAAAUAUAUUCUUCCACAUACAGAAGAUGGGAUACAGGUUGGUUGUUAUGAAUCUCACAGAUUCUUAUUGCCUCACCCUACCAUCACUAUACAUCUCGAAUCUCAUCCUCAGUCUCCGCGCCAUGCUCCAGAUGGAUUUGCCACACCUCAACGUCCUCACCAAGAUCGAUAAGCUUUCCUCGUAUGACCCAUUACCCUUCAACCUCGACUUUUACACCGAAGUCCAAGACCUGAGCUACCUCCUCCCGCACCUCGAAGCCGAGUCAUCCGUAAUGAAGGGUUCCAAAUUCGCCGGCCUAAACUCGGCCAUCGUCAACCUCGUCGAGAGCUUCGGGUUGGUCGGAUACGAGACGUUGGCGGUGGAGGAUAAGCGCAGCAUGAUGCACCUCCUACAAAUGAUUGAUCGAGCAGGCGGAUACGUCUUUGGCGGGGCGGAGGGCGCAAACGAUACGGUAUGGCAAGUUGCCAUGCGCGAGGGAUUGACGACCAUGGAUAUAAAAGACGUCCAGGAGCGCUGGGUAGAUGCGAAAGACGAGUUUGACGAGAGGGAUAGGAAGGAGCAAGAAGCGCAGGAUGAAGCUGAGAGGGCGAAGGCCGAGGCUGCCCAGAAGCUCGAGGCGCAUAUGGGAGACGAUGAGGUGGACGAGGACUUUGGCGACAUGUCGUUACCUCCGGGUGGUAGUGGGAUUAAAGUUGUUAGAAAGAAUAAAUGAUGUCCCAUCAACCGUCAUCAGUGCUGCUGUAGUCUGCAGGGUCGUCGUCACUCGCAUCGAGCAUUAACACUUCCGAGUCGGCAGCUACCGGCCUAUUAUCUUUCGGCUUCCCAAGGAUACUCUCUAACGUCGCUGCGCUCUGGUCGCCAAGCGCCCGCUUCGCUCUGAGAAUCAUUUCGCGCGCCCGGCGAAUAGCUUCUUCCUCAGCCUUGCGGAUUGUGCCGCUGACCCUGAUAACACGGUAUACGCAUUUCUUGCCAUCCUUGACCGGAACCGUAUUCAUCAUCGACAGGGCCGCCCAAGCAAUUCUGUAAUGCGCCCUUGUAACUCGUAUAAUAAACGUCGAAGUGGCCGGCGACAAAUAUUUAACUGCUCGCCGUUAGAAAUGCGCAUGAGUCUGUGAAACUGGAGGGCUAAUCUCACCCAUCAAACUUCCUGCUAUCGCUCCAGAGCCAUAGUCUCCGAAUAGUUCGAGUACCGCUUCUCGAAUUGCUUUUAUGAGAAGCUGCGGCGUGAGGUCGUCGGUCGUGGGCUGGUUGAAGGCGACGACGUCGGGUACUUUUGACGAUGGUAAGGCUGUGGCCUCGGGAUAGAGAAUGUUUACCAAGAGGUAUCUAUUCUUUAGCCUAACCAUAUUUACUAGAAAGGUUGGAUCGCCAACCCUGAAUCUUCGUGACGGGUUCUACUGAGAGAUGCUGUGGAUGUCGUCUGGAAAGCCAAUUGUGCUCUGCCAAGAAGUUUAUUCUUAGCGCGCUGUCAGCCUUGCAGAUCCACGUUCGUCAUCAAGGGCCAGGGUAGUUUACAAAAUAUAGUUCUGUAACUAUUUUAUUUCUAUAGUUUCUGAGAAUAACUUUGAAAUGUG